AUGUUUAAUCAAGAAACUCUAUAUAUGAUAAACGAGAAUUGCGAUAUUUAUAGUUUAGGAGUAUUAUUCUGGGAAUUAACAAGUCGUUCAUCACCUUUUAAUUAUGAAAAAGAGGAUCGCAUUUCUCUUAUGUUUAGCAUUCUUAACGGGUUAAGAGAAAUACCUAUACCAAACACGAAUGUUAAAUUUAUUGAGCUUUAUAGAAAAUGUUGGGAACACGAACCAGAUAAACGGCUAGAUAUUCGCCAAGUAAAUUCAGGUGCUGAACAAGACCAGAACUUAAUUGAUUCUGUAGAUAAUAAUGUAUCUUCCGUUUUUUAUUCUAAUGAAAGAGAUAUAAACGAAAAAAUAGAAAGUGAAGAUUCUGACUUGUCGAACUGCGAAAAAGGAUGCGACAUAAACAAGUAUGAAUUAACUAGAACGUAA